GCGCAACCGCGUGGAGAGUGCUAACUUUGCCAUUUUGCUGUGGUAAUCGCGUACAACAUGUCACGAUUUGGAAGGUACCCUUUAAACAUUCCUUCACUUACUGAGGCGUUUGCAAAUUUCCAGCAAAAUGUUUCAGGGUCAAACCAGAGACGGGACCGCCAAGACUAUGAUGACAGACGCUUCCGAGAUCGUGAUCGAGAUACAAGGAGAGACGAUGAUUACGGUCGAAGAGACAGCGGUGGUGCUAGAGGGAGAUCUUCGCGGGAGAGGUUCUCGCCAGAAGUAAGCUUUACCUAGUUGCUUGAAAAGGAAUUCGGAAAGGAAGUACUAAUCCAUCGUUACUUGUUACAAGAAACACCUAUAAUUUUCUGCACACGUGUUAGAAUAAUUCAUACCAAAACUGACCAAGGUUCCAAGCGUUUUAGUAACCCGAAAAUUUCACUUUCUCGUUGUAGCGCUUGUGGGAGAAAGUUCUGUUAGAAAUUCAGAAGUAGAAAUUGUCUUUCAUUAAGGAAUAUGCACAACGGUUUAGUGUGGCCGUUCGCAAAAUUUCCAUAUGAUAUUAGCACUGUGCCAUAAACAGAUGUUUAAUACACUAUGUUUACAAUAUUGCUGCAGGAAAAUUUGAAUGUGCGAAGCUUGUAGCGAGAGCUCUUCCGUAGUACAUGAACUUCGUCUUUUCAUUCAAAAGUCAUCAAGAUCCAGAUAUUACUUUACUCAGAAGCUGGAAAUGUUGAUGUGAUGCCGCUAGCUAUUUAUGACGGCUGUUGAUCCAUCUGCUUACUUGCUCUCCACGGCUUUGGAAUUUCAGUUCAAAUAUUUACUUAGAAGUGUUAUAAACUUACCUUCCACGAGAAGAAUCUGCCGUCUUUCCGCAAUCUGAGUGGGAAUUUGACGGAGUGUUUCCCAAUUUAAUAGCAAUCAUGGCCAUGUCUUCUAUCUGCCAAAAACCAUUCCAUACUGUAUUCUCAUGCUGAAUGGAAAAUAUUUGGCAGCUCCUCAGAAAUUCAAUUAUGUGAUGAGGCUGCUUGAAACACUUUCCGGUAUAUUGCUACAAAUCAUGUUUAGUAGCACUUUGUCUGGUUGUUUUGAAGGGCCGAUGCUUGAAACGCUAGCUUUAGAAACUCUUUAUGUUGGAAAAUUUACAUUAUCACAUAGCUGAUAAAACCAAUUAUUUUCAAUACCCCACACCAAGGCAGCACCACCACCAUUUCUUAAGCAGCCCUUCUAUUCGUUUGUCUAGAGGAAGGAUUGAUUCACAAGCUACUUUUUUGCUUUCUUGUCCAUGGACAAAACUCCAGACAAGCUACAGUUCGAUCCGUUCAUGGAAGGGCAAGCUGGAUUUUCUUGUUUUUUGCUUGCUUGUUUGUUUGUUUGUUUUGUCUCAUUUCUGUUGUAAAAUUCUUACUAUGGGUGAAGUAAAGUGGUCAAUCACGAGGCCUUUGACACUUCAGAAGAGAUCUUUUUUCUGAAUUAAAGUACCAUGGUUUCAUGGAGAGACCAAGGAUUUCAAAUUGAAAUCCUCUUUUUAUGAUAAUAUCACCAAAUUUAUUUGGACCACUGAACAGUCCAGUUUCUACAUUAGUAUUUUCUAUAUUCAAAACUAUCAGCAUUUGGACUUCAGAGGGAAAGGAAUUUAUGGUCCUCGCAAGUUUUGAACAGAGUCAAUGAAGUUUGCAAGUUAAUUGCAAAAUUAUAUGCAUCAUGCUCCCUGCCAUACACAAGAGUUGGGCACUGAAUAUAAGAGAAGACAUUGCUUAGUACAUGAAGAAAAUAAUAUUCUGGGACUCAAAUACACCUGUCUCCAUAAGGUUGACUCUAUAAUGCAUAUUUAAUAUUGUUUGAUCAGUUGACUUUGGCAGGGUUUGUAACAGAAAGAUCUUAUUUAAAACUGAUCUGUACAUUUGGAUCUUUCAACAUCAGCUGUGAAAUGAGGGGUUUUAUAGUUUAUUAGCAGUGUUUUUUUCAUUCAGACAUCGUGCAUCCAUUUUAGUCACAUACAUCUGCUUGAAGCAGUUGAAGAUCUUACUAUUUUUAUUGUGUAAGUAGAAGCGAUGUAUGGCAACAUAUAUCUAUAACAUCACCCAACUGAUUCCAGCUAUUCAUCAUGUACUUGCUAUGUCAGUUGUUUCCUCAGGUUGGCAGUUGUUAUUGUCCUGUACUUGUGCAUUUGUUUGUCUUAAAUCUGUCAGGAACAAUUAAGAGUCAUCAAUCUUUAUUAAUCUUUUUUUUUUUAUCUGACAACAUUCUUGCUUAUAUUUUAUCCCCUUAAAUACAGCCCUCCUAUUCAUCAUAUUUAGAUGACCAUCGGCAAGGAAGCCAGUCAAAUCUUGUGAGUUAUCCUUUGGGACACUUGAACAGCUCAAGAUCUGAUCGUGGUAAUAACAGGAAUGAUAGAAAUCAUAAUCAAAACAGAGAUCGAUAUCGGAACAACAGCACUAAUAAUCGAUCUCAAGGCAACCGAAGCUCUACUAAUCAGGGACCUGGAAUUUUGGGUGCCAAGCCUGGUGAUCGCUCUGUCCCAGAGCUUCCAUCUAAUCCUUUACAAGUUCCAGGUCUGUUGUGUUUUUAGCUCCUCAGUAUUCGAGUUGUGCUUUAAUGACCCAAUGCAGUGCUCUUUUAUGGUUUGCACUCUAACCCUAUCAGCUCCUGUGUUCAGUUUUGAUUCUAGCUAGGAACAGUUCACAUAAAACUCUGGUUCUUGUCGUUUUUUGUCCUCUCUGUUGAGUGAUCUCUUGUGUCCACUUUGACUUCUGUUUUCUUUAAGUGUAACCUUACAGUUCCUUACAUUUCAUUUUCUUGCAAUCAGUUUUUGAUUGACGUGUCCUCAGGUUUCUUUGUGACUUUGCGUUGCGUCAUAGUUUGUUAUUGUCGUUAAGAGAAAUACUGGUGGUGUUUACCUGAAGGUCAAUAUUCACAUUCACUUGCCUACAUCACUGAAAAUAUGUAACAUUUACUCAACACAAAAAUGUAGAUGAUAAACAGUGGACAUAACACUUUAUUUUGAGGCUUAGUUCUCUGACUCAAGGCAAGGAUUUUGUCCUCUUAAGUGUAUAUUCAUGUGCAUAAAAAAGGGUGAAAAAUCCUUAGUUAUGUUUCAUUCUUUCCUUUGGUGGACAUGUGUGCAGUUCACUUGAUUUGAAUCUUACUAGCACGGUGACUCCUUACCCAAGGAAUUUGAACUCAAUGCAGGAGUUUUUUUAAUCACCCUAAACUUCAGUGGUCUUUUACAUCAUCAUUUUGUUCCUAGUUCUAGCUAGGAAGUGAUUGUGACACUGUUUGGCACAGGAAAAUGCAAUUCUGUUGGGCUACAAAAGGGAAUGAAAGGUUAAAAAUUUAAGAAAAUUUCAGCCCCCUCAUUGUUGAAGCUCAGAAUUAAGGCUAGAAUUGGCUGGUCCUUUGUACAGUGUGACAUUGGUGUACAGAAUGCAGGGGUUUCAGUAACUUCCCUGUACAUGUAAGCUGCUGUCUAUGGUGUAACGGGCAGCUGUGCCCUAAAAACAGGCCAUAAGGCAAAACUCAAGCACAAGAACCUUGCAGGCCAAACAGAGUGCAAUAAGAGUUCUUACAGGCAGCAGUAGACAUCCUGUAACCAGCUUUUCUUGAAACCCCUGAGAAUGGGUGUCAUUUUUCAGCCCAGCUUUUGUAGACCCUUAUAGUCAGUUUUGUCAAAGAGCACAGAGAUGGCAGAGGAGUUUGACACUUAGGGAUUAAAGUGCAUCAGGCUAGGCACACAUUUCCUAAAAUGCCCUCUGUGUAAUUCAUUGUUACAACAAAACCUCUUUUGCAUUGUGAACAGUGUUUGGUGUGUCCUCAAUUGCUUUGUGACAAUGCAUUAGCAGUGAGCUGUGAUCGUACCUCAUGGAGCAUCUCAAUUAGUUUCUUUGUCACUGAAGGGCAGUAAUUAUGCAUAAUAGCCUCCCCUGCCUCACCACCUAUGGAAUGACUAUUUGUCGGUGCUUUGGAUGCAACAUGUUCUCUCAACAUUUUGGACUUGUUAAACAAGCAGUAGAUUCAGGGCACCUGUGUCUUCUGAUCCAAAAGGGCACAGUGUGGCAUAAUGCAAACAGUGUUCUCCUUUUCAGGUGGUAACCAAUAAAAUUUACUGCCUGAAAUUCUGCAAAAUUCCACAAGUAAAAGAAUUGAUGUACUGGUUUGAAACUUUCCCUUUCCUGUCAUGAUUAAAGUAAUGAGAACACUGACAAAGUGGAAUAAAUCUGAGCUCUUCUUACUUCCAUGGAUAUGUUUAGGCUGGCUGAAACCUCUCCAGGAACUGGGCUAUUUCUUAACCUUAAAUUGAGCUGCAGAUGUAGUCUCUGAACAAAUAUUUCAUGGGAGGGGGCCAUUAGAUUACAAGACAUGCUGUUUUAACCCUUUCAUUCUCAAGAUCUUACUAGUGACUCUCCUUCCUGUCCACAAAAUACUUUUGAUUUGAGUUUAAGGAAUUUUUUACUAGAUCAAGGAAUCCCAUAAUUGACCAUAAUUGAAUUUUUUUCAAUCCUCAUCUCUUGUCUGCUUGUUAGUGCAUAUUGUAGGGAGAAAUUCUGUCUCAGUCACUCGUAAAAGGGUUCAAUAAGUAGGGGUCAUCCAUUCCCUUCACCUUGUGAACCAAAAUUGUAAAGAUAAGAUGUUACAAAAAGAUUUGCCCUUUGGUGGUCGUGCUGAUUAAUAACUAAUUUUUGUUAAUUUUAUUGACUCGUGUGGAUGAAAAAAAUUCCUUUUAGAUUGCAAAUUUUGUCUUCAAAGUUGGCUGCUUUUGUGCAUGUACUUGAAAAAGUGCUGAUACUUUGGCACAUCCGUAGUAACUCCCAUGAAGGGUGGAACAGUAGAUUAUAUCCCUAAUAGGCAUGGUAUCAUCAAGACAUUCAUAUUUCAGAUCUUCUCAAGUGUCACCAACGUGAAACGAGCCAAUAAAGAGAAUAUACAUGUAAUUUUUUGAAGAAGGAAAGGCUUAUCACUAGAACAUCAAAGUUACUUGAUGAAUCAAUGUUUUCUUUGUGGAGUUAAACACUUGAUUACCAGCUAAAUGUAAUUUCACAAGUGUAAAUAACUUGCAUUUAAGUUUUGAUUUUCUAGUUUUUCUACCAAAAUCUACAUUUCUGGAGAUUUUUCCAAGUGUGCUUUAUUUAGAGUCUAAGUUUUCUAACAAUGUCAGUCUUGAUAAAGUUUUCAACCUCUGAUAUAUUGUACCCUCUUGAAUAUAGAAAUUGUGCCAUAGAAAAUAAUAUCAAAUCAAUAGGUAGUCAUUAAUUUAUGUUUCACAAGUGUUUCUCUUUACUUCAUUGAAAUUCCAGUCUUGAGUUCAAAUUCCUUGCAGAGGUGUACAUCAAAAACUAAUGAAAUGAAUGUACAUGCACAUACAUGUAGAUGUUGUUUUUGUUCUUAAUGUAAAUGUCAAAUCUAUGCUUCUUCACACUUCUUCAAAAUGUGUUUUGUUACAAAUCUAACUUUAUAUUGUGCAUCAUACAGCUUUGGGUCUGUCAGGAGGAGGUAAUAACCCAACAGCUGGCUUGACAGCACAGUUGGCUCAGCAACAGCAGCAACUCAUGGCCAUGGUGCAGACUCAGUCACUCUUGGCAGCUAUGCAGGCGCAAGCUAACGCAAAUGCUCAAGCACAGGUUCAGCAAGUGAAGCGUGCCAUGCCUAAUUCUCUAGGAGGGUUACUACCCACACCACUGAUACCAAGGACUGGGGGAAGAGACAUGCAGCGGCAGAACCGUAAGCGUAGAAAUGAUGGAUGGGGUGGAGGUAACUUUGCAAACAAGAGAGAUCGGCCAGAUCGCAAUCGUGGCCAGCAAGGUUUCAACCGUGGAUCAAAUUUUCAAAAUAGAGGCAGGCAGUUUGGAGGAGGAGCACAGAGCCACCAAGCAAAGAAGACCUCUGUCACAACCAAAGAGGAGACCAAGGAUGAAGAAGUCAAUGAGGAGGAAGUUGAGGAGGAGGAUGUUGAAGAAGGAGGUUAGUUUGGUAUCAGGUUUGUUCUUAACAUUUAACUUCCAGAUCGAAUCUUUUGUUCUCCCUACUGUCAACUGUACAAUUCCUAUAAUGUUAGUUCAGAGAAUUUAGUAAAUUGGAUCAAGUAAUUAUCCCCAAAUUGAUAUUUUUCUUUAUUCUCAUCCCUUAUCUGGUUGAUAUUGUAUUUAUGUUGUAAGGAGAAAUUGUGUCCUGGUCACUCAUGGCAGUCAAAGGGUUAAAAUGAGUGAUAAUAAAACUUUUCAUGUGGUCCUUUUUAUUUUAGUGUUCCUAAAUGACUAGUCAUCAUUCCUGCAUAAAAAUUGGUUCAGUCCAACCAUGUUUGGUAGUAAAUCAAGGGAUCUUUCAAUUUAUGUUAGGUGAUAAUGAACAGGAGGUUGAGGAACCGCAUGAAGAGGAAAAGCAAGAGCAAGACAGUGUUAAUGAAAGACCUCGUGCAAAUGAAUUCAAUCAGCCACCUCUUCCCAAAUCCACAAACUUUCUUGGAGAAGAUGUUGAUUCUUUGAUGAUCUCUCUGUACGACAGGAAAAGAAACAAGUACAUUUGUCAGGAAUGCAAGAUUAUUUGCAACUUGCCAAUGGUAUGGAGUGAUGAUAAAAUCAAAAUUCAUUCUUGUGUACCUGCAAGACUUGAGUAAUUGAUCUCUUGAUUUCCCUUUAAAUUGUUGAGAACAAUCGACAUCAAAGCAUGAAAUCAAACUCUAGCUGAUGAAAUUGUGAUUUCUCACACCUAUUCAUUGGAUGAUGGUAUUUUGAUGUUGUUUGGAGAAGUUACUUGUUGACCACUUUGAUCAAUUGUAUGGUGAAGGUGACCACUCUAAGUCCUGAAUGGACUUGUAACCCUCUCACUCUAAAGAUCUGAAUAUUAUCCCACUCCUCACACUUCCUGUAAAUCACUUCUGAUAAAUUGGGGGGUUACCAGAUUGCUAUGUCAUGGUAUAACAACGUCUACAUAAUAAGUUCGAGUAUUUUUAUUACCUGUUUGCUGGGUGAUGUAUGGCUGUGUAGGAGAAGUUGCAUUGUACAUGUAAAUCACUUCAGGGAGUGUUACAAUUUUGUGAUUCAAACCUUUUUAUGCAUUGUGUUGUCUUGCGAAGACAACACAAGUGUUGCCAACAAGAGUUUCCCAGUUUUUAGACUUUUUUAAAAAACAUACAGAACACUUUGUUGCUUGGUUAUAUUUUGAACAAGCUAUUACAUAUAUGGGUAAUUUUUUGAAAUACAAGUAGUAACAAGAUGUUGUCUUCAGUUACGUAAAAAUUUUCUUGUUCUUAGAGCUUUCAUAAACAUCUUCUUGGAAAGAGACAUGCAAGGACUGUUCUAGAAAGUCGAGGACAGGAAUUUGAGGAUGCAAAGUUCAGGAGUUUUAGUCAGGUAAAUAUCUUGUUUGUGGCUUUCCUAUUGCAUCAGUUGACUUAUUUUUGUUAAUAUCAUCCCAAUGAUAGUGGAAUGGGAGAUUGCCAGUAAAGCUUAUGAAGCCCCUUCCUUUGUGGGGUGUUUAAUAAUUUUUGGCUGUUCAACAUGGGGUACACAUUUAGAACCAAACCCCAAUUCAUUAUUUUGCUGAACUGUCACCCAGCUUUGAAAACCUUAUACAGUGUGCAUUUCUUGAUGAAAAACUUACAAUACUCAAAAUAUAUAUAUAUAUAUAUAUAUAUAUAUAUAUAUAUAUAUAUAUAUAUAUAUAUAUAUAUAUAUAAUGUAAUAAGAGCUUGUAAAUACAAUUCACUUCUAAGAGCUCAAAGGUAAUUCCUUAUCUGUUUGCCAAGUAUUCUGUUGGUUCAGAAAAUUUGGUAUUGGUUCAAUUAAUAAUCCCCUUAUUGUAUUGGUAUUUUCUCUAUUCUCAUCUGCUUGAUAUUGUAUUGUUAUUGUAAGGAGAAAUUCUCACUUGGUCAAGUUGGGUAGUUAAAGGGGGUAAAGGUCUUGUUUGGGGUGAUAGGGAGAAGAGAGGCUUUGCAGAUUCUUGUUGGAAGCAUGGUGUGUGAAGGGAGAUGUGGUGGCCCAUAAGCCACUCAGCUAUUAAUCAAACUUCACUUUCUGGCUGUCCUGUUAAAUUGGCUUUUUUUUAGUAUUGAAACUGAUGUGCUUUUCUUGCUCUGUAGUAAAAGCCAGCACUUACAUCUUUUCCAUCACCCAAAACUCUAGAGGAGCAUUUUAGUCUACUACGUUUAAAUUUAAUUUGUUCAUUUGCCUGUUCUGUUCUGAUAUCCAAGGGGACAACACCAACAGAUAAAUCUGGAACAGAAGAGGUGUCGACUGCUAAUGAAUCUGAUGACAGGGAAAAGCUCAGUGGUGAAGAGGUAUCUAGUCCCUCUGCUCUUCACUCUCCUGGGCCUGACUUCAAUUUAGACUUUGUUAAAUACACAUGUAACACCAGAAAGACAGCCAUGAAAGAAGGAGACGUGGUUACAAUCUCAUCUGUUACACAGUCAAGGGUUCAGAUUGAGGGCUUCACAAGUGGACGAAACAUGUUAGGUGGGGCAAAAAUUGAAAAAAAGGAUAUUCAGUUUUUAUUUAUGUUAUACACAGCCCUUUCACUUCCAGCAGUGACCAGGUAGGAAUUUCCACUCACAGUGUUGAUGCACAUUCAGGCAGACAAGUGAUGCAAAGAGAAAAUUUUCAGUCAGUUAGGAGAGCUUAAACUUAAAGAAAUGAAUGGAAUAGAUUAACCAGUAUCACUGCUCAUUGCACUUUAAACAACUUUCCCUGGUGAAACAUUCAAUUUGGAACACCUGGUUUUCUCUUCUCAUUAGGUUGUGAAUUUGUUAAAGCUGUGUCAGGAUUUAACUGCCGCCUUUGCAAAGCUUUCAUCCGCUGUGGAAAUGAUGUGAUUACUCACAUCAAAGGCAAGAAACAUCAAAAGAACUAUCAAGUAAGUUUGUCUUAUCUUUGAUCUGUAAUUGAUUUAUAUGGAAAAAAAGAUGUUGUGUUAAAUACAUGUGUGAGAAAAAUCUGCAAAUAUUUUAAAAGUCAGAGCUAGGGCAAAUCUCGUGCUAAAUUGUGAAUUACUGCCAAAAUAUUUGAACUAUCAACGUAAAUUGUGAUUUUACGACUAAAUGUAGUGAAUAGACCAUCUUUUAACCAUUUGUUUCUCUAGACAUAUGCCCAGGAACACCCACAGUAUGAAGAUCACCAGCUAUUGCGAAAUAAAGAGUUAGAGCAAGUGUUGGAACCUAAGGAGGGAGAAGAAGUAGUGCUAUAUGAAGUACUUGAUAAAGACAUUAAAUCAAGCUCUUCAAAGCAGAGGAGCCAUCGCAAGGAUUCACAGAGUGAACAACAGCCAGAGGUUUGUACUGUUUACGAUCAGGUGGCCUUUUCUUUUUUUCUUGUCAAGCUUUCAUAGUAGUCACCCUAUGUCCAACUGGGGAUGAUGCUAUCCAAUUCAUCAACCCUUCAACUCCCAUAAGUGAUCAAGACAGAAUUUCUCCUUACAAUAUCCAUAAAAUAUCAACCAGAUAAGUGAUGAGAAUAAAGAAAAAUAUCCUUUUGAGGAUAAUAAGUUGAUCAAUACUAAAUUGUCUGAACAAACAUUAUAAGGAUUGUAUGGUUUACAGUAAGGAGAAUUACAAAUUUGAUCUAGGAGUUAAAGGGUUAAGCUUGUUAAAAGGUCCUGUUAUGAAAUAUCUUAUGAUGCAAUCGCUUGUUCAAUGUGGAAUAAUUUCAGACUUUUGAUAACACUGUGCAUCAUUUGGGACAAAACUAUAAAAUAGUUUUUGAUGGCCUAGCUGAGUGUGCCCUGAUAUAUCUUAUGAUGGUAAGCACUUAGUUUGAUUGGUAUUGAGAAUGCUCUGUGUUUAGUUUUCAAAUUGUAUUUUAAAUUUUACAGGUACCAAUAACAAAAUUUGUGGUAGCCCCAGAGGGUUAUGAUGAAGACUCCCAAUUGCAGAUCAACUGCGAAGCUGCAGAUGUGCAUUUAGACCUGGGAGACCUUGAUAACAUUAAUGAGGACUCACUUCUGGCAGACCAAAGUGGAGAUGAACAUGGAGAAAGUACUUUAGAAGAAAAGUUUCCUAUAUUCGGCCAGAUAGAACAGUUUGGAGAUGAGGAAGUGCCAGAAAGUGACUUGUCAUUAUCAGGAACAACACCACAACUUGAUGUGAGUGCAUUCUUAAGAACUACUUGAUGAAAAAAAGUCACGUGUUGCAUUUGAAUCUUGUAGGGUAGAUCCAAGCAACUGUAGUUAAAUCUUCAUAUGUUUGUUUUUUCUAACUUUCACGAAUGGGGCCUCUGAUAAGCAACUUGAUGUAGAGAGCUGCCUUUGUAUUCACGUAGGUUAGAAGCCUUAAUGUGUUGUGAGAUUGUGAUUUUGUUUGAGGAUAAGAGUUUACAUGUCAGAGUAGUUUUCACUUUGGAUUCGAUAAACCAGAAUCAAAGCAAUAACAACAGCCAAUCAAAGUAAAGAUUGACAUCAUCAUUAGCCAUUCAAAACCUGAACUAAAAACAGGCAAACUUCUUGAAAGGCGGGCAAAAGUGAGCGAACAAGUCAGGAUUGGUUUUAGUUUUGAAUCUGAUUGGUUGAGAUGGUGGUUUUUUGGACUGAUAACACAGCUAGGUAAAGCAAAGCCAUAAGAAUCAUGGAUUAUUUUAGACACUCGAUUGGAAUCAGCUCUGGCAAGCUUAACAAACUCACCUAGAUGUAGAAUGAGUGAACUUAUGAGCCAAGCGGUCCAUACUGCUUGAGCUUAUUCUGGUCUAAGUAGCACGAACCUAGUGAUUUGGUAUUCUCAAUGGAUAUGAUGCACACUGAUGGCACAGAUAACCUUUACCCUUCAACACCUAGAAGUGGCUAGCAUCUAAUAUCUCCCUACAGUAUCACUGUUGAAUCAAACAGAAAGGUUAUGAGAAUACAGGAAAUGGCCACACAUCCAAGAGGCACAUGAUUGUUUUAUGAUAAUUUCUCCUUGAAAAUUCCAUAGGAAAAGUACAGAGAACAGUUUGGAGAAUAUGCAUACAGAUGUUGGGGUGUAAAGGGUUAAGCAUUUCGUCAACUUUCCGAUUUAUCCUCGAUGACAAAAGCUACUUUAAAAUUAAUGGGCCUUCUCAAGAACACAGUACAGUGCCUCCUAACCACCAGACCCCAGAGGGUCUCGCGCAACAUACCACAGCUUAAGUAUUUUGUCUUCCAUUAUUUUCAUAGGAUGUGGAGGACUUCACUCCAAUGGCCACAGAUGAAUCUGUGAACAACGAAGAGGUUGAAGAGCCAAUACCACCCGUCUCCAUCCCUCCCAGUCAAAACGUCGAGCUUGUGGAGCCAGAGACACCGACGAGUUCACAGGAAGAGGUCGAGGAGUCGCCCCCUGUAAGAGAAACUACCCCUACUGGAAGGCGUGGCCGGAAGAAUGCUAGGGGAGGAGCCGGUAGAGGGGGGACAGCACGUGGACGAGGGCGCGGUCGAGGAACAAAACGGGGCACCAGAGCUGCGACAGGUGCGGGCAAGUCUUCAAAAGCUAAAAAAGCGAAAGUAGAAGUAGCUCCAGAGAAUGAUGAUAUGGACUUAAUGGAGGGAUUUGAAAUAAUAGACGAGAUUGGCGAUGCUGAAGAUUAG